UAGCAGCGUGACUACAUUUGGUUGCUGUGUUUUGUCAGCUCUGGACUGCAGAGGUCUGGCAAAUGCUGCUUACUUUCUCCUGAGCCCUUUUUCAGACCAAGCUCAUCCUAAGUUGCUUCUAACUUUGCUGCUGUUGCUGAGGCUGAUCUAGGAAUUGGUCAUUCCAACAAGGUGUCAAGCAAAGAGAAGAAUCAACUGGCGCCUUCAAGAUGAGUCUUCUUCGUCUCCCACUUUUCGCUGCUCUACUCAGUGGUAUCUUAUGCCAGUAUGAUUAUUACUAUGAACCUGCAUCUCUGCUGGGACCCUCAGGACCUAAUUGUCCAGAAGAGUGUGAAUGCCCAAUAAGUUUCCCAAGUGCCAUGUACUGUGACAACCGCAAACUAAAGUACAUCCCAAUAGUGCCUUCAGGAAUCAAGUACCUUUACCUGCAAAGAAAUCAGAUAGAUUCCAUCAAAAAUGGCGUCUUUGACAAUGCCACAGAGCUCUCUUGGCUUAUCUUGGAUGAAAACCAAAUUGUCAACAGCAACAUAGGAAAAAAAACCUUUUCCAAGCUGAAAAAGCUGGAAAGGCUGUACAUGAACAACAACAAACUUACAGAGCCUGUUGGACCUCUCCCCAAUACCCUGCAGGAGCUUAAACUUGCAAAUAAUGAAAUCUCAAAGUUUCCAUCCAGCCUUUUGAAAGGACUCCAAAACCUCACUGUUAUUCAACUUCAAGAAAAUGAGUUGCAGGAUGAUGCUCUUGCUGGAGUCUUUCAGGGACUUAACUCUCUGACGUACCUUGACUUAAGCACCAAUAAAUUAAAAAGAAUGCCUCAGGAUCUUCCAAGUGCUCUGGAGAUGUUAUAUGCUGAUCACAAUGAAAUCUCCAAACUUCCAGUCAACUACUUACAAAAACUCCCCAAGCUGCAGUACCUGAGAAUCUCACAUAAUCAGUUGGUGGAUUCUGGCAUUCCCGCUGAUUUCUUCAACGUCACUUCUCUUAUCGAGCUGGACUUGUCUUUCAACAAGCUGCAGUCCAUCCCAGUCAUUAACGAGAAUUUAGAGAACCUCUACUUACAGGUCAACGAAAUCAACAAGUUUGAUCUGGCUAGCUUCUGCAAGAUCACUGGGCCACUAAACUACUCCAGACUGAAACACCUGAGAUUGGAUGGAAACAAUAUCACCCGCAAUGACUUGCCAGUGGAUAUCUCAAACUGCCUCCGCCAAGCCAGUGAAGUCAUCUUUGAGUAAAGGCCUGGUCUAGUGUUAAACUAGGGGUCCUGGUCUGUUUUCAAUCUUUCCAGUAGAUCAGGAAGCUUCUGCUCUGUUAACCUCAGCAUUUUUCAAGAUUUUCGUAUUGUUAAGAGUAGCAAAACCAACAACAGAGGUUCAGUAUUUUGAUGUGCAUGAAACUAUUCAGAAAUAAUGAUAAGAAUCCGUAGGAAGUGUGUGGUAUAAAUGUUCUCUGAAUAUACUAUUGAAUAUUGAUAUCAUACCAGUACAUUAUAUAGUAUGUGUUCUUAAGGAAAGAAGACUUUUAUUUGAGCAAUGUAUCACUAAAUAUGUUGCGACUGUGAUUCUGUAGCAGAAUAUACACGGUUAAAAACAUUAUAAAGGUAAACUUACUUGUUGACCAAGCAAGAUUUUUCUUUCUCAUAUUAAAAUGUACUCUUUUUGCUUCUAAAUAAGAAUACCUUUCUUACAUUUUCUUAAAUCUUUGAAACAGGUUAGUAAGUUAAGCUCAUGGGUAACUGAUUUGUUUCAGGACCACAUCUCGCAAAACACAACUCACCGUAGCUGUGCUGGUUAAAGGGUACAUUAACCUUUGUGUGUGAAGUUGUUGUGGACUUUCUUGUUUGCUUUUAAUACGCUGUUAUAUCAUCAUCUAGCAAUGAAUAACAAAUGCAAUACAUAAUUACAUUUGCGGAAUACGAAAUGUGGUCUUGAAACUCAAUACAUAACAUACAAGAUUUCUGUCAGUUACAUGAGAUACAUAGUGUCACUAAAUGUCAGCAAGGAAAUGAUCUAGGAAGGUAUUGCUAGAUUACAUUUGAUAAUUAUGGUAAUCAGUAUUUAAGCAGCUGCGGAAAAUAUCAGAUGCUACUAAAUCUGAAUGGAACUAAAUACAUUUUAAUCUCUGCUAUUGCACUAAAGUUUAUUUAGUUUAUCCAGAUUCAUGAUUCAUGUUUUAAGCUAUGGGUACCAUGAGCAUAUGCAUUGCUAUACAAAGUAAACUACAACCAAAGUCUAUCAAUACAAUCUAAAGAAAAUCACCUUCAAAGUGAUACAAUAAUGCUUCUAGGUAAAUGUAGUGCCCAGUGUUUGAUGUAGUGAAUGUUAAGUGUUUAUCACAAUGAAUGUUUUUUGUAACCUGGGCUAAAAAAAAGCUGCACUGAAUAAACAUGAUGUGUAAAAUUAUUCAGUCAUUAAUUUAGUCUUUUAUUAUUAUUUUUUUUUACAUUUUAAAUCAUAGUCAAAAAAAUCUAAAUAAAACAGACUUUGACAUUCAUCUUAUGCCAUGUAAACCUAUAUGCAACAUUCUCAAUUACUUGCAUGCAUUUUAUAGUAACUUUGUAAAAAAUCAAAUAAAACAUAGCAAUUCAA